AUGGGAAGACUAGUGGGAGAAGGAUCACAGAUCAAGUUCAAUGGUAAGCUCCUUUCGGAGCUGGCCACCAAGACAUCGCAACGAAUGCAUUGGCUCCCUCAAGAUCGCGUGGCCAUGAAGCAAUGGCUUCGCGCUAAUCAUACAACGGCGUUUCUCGAGGAUACCGGCGACGCAAGUCUUGAUCAGCUGGCGCUCACAAUUGGUCUUGACUUUCGAAGGCUGGAUAAAGAUCAGAAAAGAGUUGCUAAGGCGAAAAUGUGCAGCUCCCUUAAGUAUACUCUCAACAAGCUCAAGAUGUCGGGAGAGGUCAACGAGAGAUGGGAUCCUGAAGGUAAACGGGUUAUCCUCGAUUGGACACACAGUGCAGGACGUCAUCUACGGGGACUACACGAUAGUGAAAUCAACUCUCUUUACCCAGUACCUCCGGCCCAUCACGCUACACCUCGAACAUUGACUUUCGACGAUCAUCAAUGUCGAGCUCCGGAGACUGAUAAUACACUCUCAUCGAAACAGAUGUCUCGGAUAUACCCCACAGUACCGCCUUAUUCCGGGCGGAUGACGCCUCUUGAACGCGAGUUGGAACAGGCACCUGAAGAGUUCUACCGCCAAAAGGAUCAUGAUGAUCAGCCACCCCCGUAUACGGUCCACGCGAACUUUGUCGAAACAGAUCUGCAGCGGGCAACAGAAGAGUUCUUUCGCCAGAAGGCCCACCUCGAUCAGUUUGAGGAUCUCAUAAGCAAAAUAUACAAGACAAAAGCCCAGGAUGCUCUCGCUCAACAGGCAUCGGCGGUAUCGCGUACGCAAAGACACAGUCAGCGAGAGGUGGAGAUACCAAUGCGUUAUGGGCAGACUGCGAGAAUGGAGGCACGAACCAUUGAUCGGACAAUGGCUAGGGGAGAUAAUCAGAUCAACUUUGAGAUACGCAAGACUUCGUCUUGGCCUUUGACGCCCGAGAUGACCGAGCGUAAAAGUCCAGCCCUACGCGAGUCUGACUCAACGAGGGCCCACAGACAGUUCGUCAAUGGUCUCAGAAGAGGCUGCCAGCCAAAGCCCGCGGCCACGACUACUCAUCACACAACACCAGCACUGGACGAGGUUGUCUGUACAAGAGCUGAUGGAGACUUCCAGCAGAGGCUGGCUAACGCCUCUGUCCCGGAUACGUUGCUUGUUCCACGACGAUCUGAUCAAGAUCACGGAGCGCUCUGGCAGCGAUCUCGCUCAGACAACAAAUUUCUCCAACGACAAUCUCGAUCAGAUCGCAAGGUCGUUCAGCGACAGCCUCGGGUCAUUAUACUCAAGGAACCAAGUUCAGGAUAUCUCCAUCCUGAUUUAGUGCGUGGAAUCGAGUGGCCCGACAUCCUCUUCUGUAAAGAAUUUUACUCGCCUCCCGCGAGCCGAAGUGACAAAGUUUGCUCCUGCGGCAAGUUUUCAGGGCCUUCAGAGCUGGUGCUGCAUGUUCCCGUUGCAAGCAGUGGCCUCCACAGGCAGAGCAAGCAAAUACACAGCGCUUGCUCCCAGGCUGCAACGACUCCUCUGACAGAUGCCUCUGCCUCUUUCGGUCAAAAUGCCCUCUCUUCUGACAACUUUGUGCACAGCUAUCCGACCACAGCAGUCCUAGCUUUGAAUCUUAUCAUGUCACCCGGCAAGAAGCGAUGCGAAACAUGCAACAAGCUUCAACGGCAAAGUCCACAGCCGCAGCCUCUCAGUCAACCUGAGAUCCAAACCCAAUGCCAGCAGCAAAAGGACUCUGUAUUUGCACCUACAGUGCCGUCAUCGACUGACGAGCUCAUUCAGUUUUACAGAUCGAAGGCUGAGAGUGCUAUUUCACGUAUGAUGACAAUGAUCGAUGCCAGAAAGGGUGCAGAAUCCGGCAGCCGCGAAAGCGAGGAUUACCAGAGCCUGCAUAAGUAUUGCAAUGGAGUUAGUAUUGGACAAACCCUGUCUGCUUCAGAAUAUCUCGACCUCGAUCGAGACGCUAAACCUCAGGAUAGUAUAAUUGUAUGUACUAUGGCUGAGGCAGCUAAUAUCUUCAACAGAGGACCGCCCAAUAUACCAGUUCUUAUCGUUGGGACACCUAACCCUCGGCGACUCAAGAUCGACACCUUUCUCGCCUGGUUGACAUGUCGAGAUACAUUACACGUUCAUGACUUCAGCCGCCCAUCCAAAAUGGGACGUUCUCCGAUUUCUCUGCCCUCCAAAGACGCCAAGACACUGUUUGAAACGCGCGAUAAGAUGUCUGGCCCAGCUCUCAAUUUCCUCAAUCUCAGAGGGACAAAAGACCAUGCCGGGCCAGAGUGUAUUACGAACAUGUACGACUAUAAGUGCAUUGAACUCUCUUCAACAGACAACGGGAAGAUUGAGACUGAGGUUCUUGUUGGGGAUCUUGACGACUCAACUCGGUUUCAGCUAUUGGCAUCAACUGGAGCUAUUCACUUGCCUCAUAUUGACAGGCACGGGGUGUUCACGACUGUGUUGAACGAACAAGGGGAGAAGAUCUGGUUGGCCUGGCCCAAUCUGGGAUUGAAAGUGUUGAGGAAGUGGGAUGAAGAGGACGAACUGCCGACUCCCCCUAUCGCCAUCCAUAUCGAAGAGGGCUCCUAUCUGAUCCAACCUCCAAACACGCUCCACGCCCCUGUGACCAUGAAGACGUGUCUGAUGACAGGCACUAUGCACUGGUACUCGGGCCACCUACUUGAUAUCAUCCAGGCUACCUGUGUACUAAAGGAGGAUGCCAAUAUCACGAAUGAGGAUAUGUCGGAUCAGUUCAUCCCAAAGAUGGCCAAGCUGCUUGGGCUGUGGAGGGAGAAUCAGGCGCCCUGCUCGUGGCCUCCACUCGAUCAAUACUCAGAGGCUAUAGCCGCAUUUGACGUAAGUCUUGAUGCUGUAAUGGUCACGAUGCCUUGCUAA